AUGGAAUGCUUUCGACAAGUCUUCCGAUGCGUCAAAGCGCCUUUCACACGCAACAAAGGCAGGAUCAUUGAAAUCGGUCCUCCUACCAACUUCCGCAAAGAAGAGCUACCUGCCUGCUUCUCUGAUGCCGAGUCAGUUCUCUCGCCCAACCAGCCCCCGACAGUGCGACCAGAUCUGACAGACCAAUCACAGCACGCUGACGUCGCAGGACAGUCGGACAGCGACCGUAGAGAAGAACGGAGCCAUGAUCGAGAUGGUGUCCCUCCAACCAUCGACAUCGACGAAGAGCAAGGUUCAGAACCAUGUCCGCAGAAUGAGCCUCAGACUGUCACACCCCGUCGGGAGCGUAUAAGGCUGCCUCGAUGGUGGAAGUCGAGCUCGGCUAUUGCUCAGGAUUCUAAGGCCCCGGCCGAAUCUAUCACCAUGGAUGAAGUUCGAACUGUCUGA